AUGAGACUAAGUUCUAGGGAGAAAGAUUUUCAUUCUUUUGCUACAGACUGGACACCCUACCGAGUUUAUGCCUCAUCAUUACCAAAUGACAAACCUUUAUGUAAUAUAGAUGAAAUAAACAUCCACUCAGUUGUAUUGAAUGAAAAUGAGAAAGCAAAGUUUAAACAAGAUUUAAAGAUUCUUAUUGCUCAAGAAAUGGUUGACGUAUUCCAUUGUUUCAAGUGGAUGAACUUAGUUUUGCCAAAAAAUAUUCCACAUGAAUAUGAAGAAGAAAUGUCUACUAAAAGUCAUUCUCAUAUUAUGCCAGUAAUUUUGAAAAAUGAACAAAAGUAUGACGACUGUAUUGACAUUCUGCAAUCUUAUCAAGAACAAACCCAGCGAUGGUACCAUGAAUCUGGUCGAGAUGAUUAUUACAGAAACCUUAAUAUUCCAAUUGGUGGUGACCAAUUAACUAGAGUUAGAUUAGAAGGUGCCAAAAUGCUGCUAGCUGGAUCACAUACUAGGAUAGAAAGAUGUGAAAAUUUAUCACCAGUUGUUAUUGAAUUUUUUCAUACUUUACAAGAUUUUCUUGAGAAACUCUGUAAGAAAUUUCUGAUUAUAAAUAAAUCCAGGGAUAAAGGAACUCUUGCACAUCUCAGAGUUAUUAUUCAAAGAAGUAAUGUGAAUGGUCAAGUUAAAAGUAGAUUUAAACAACAUGAAGAUUUCAUUUCAACAGUUGGAAAGGCAUAUCUUACGGAAAUGGUUCAAGAGUACUUUGGUAUUGAAAAUGUUGAUUCUCUUCCGACUAAAAACACAUCACCAAAGUGA